AAGUAUAAAAUACUUAUCCGCACACCUGUCAUACGCAUAACCGUGUUUCUGGUUCAGACGUGUGCGAUAAUGCGACCAUACGGAGUUCCGUGCGCCUUUGCGCUGUCGAUCGCGACGGCGUUGCUGUUUGCAGCUUCCACGGAAGGUAUCGAUGAUAUAAGGCAUACCGACAACAAUGCUGAAAAUAUCGCUGCUAGAAAACGGGCGAGCAACGAAAACAUUAGUCCAGACGAAAACAACAAGCAGUUUUGGUUCAACGCCGGAAAUAAUCUUCUGCGGAAUAAAUUGAAUUCGGAACGGCAGUAUGGCGUGGCGAAGAACGUGAUUUUUUUCAUCGGCGACGGAAUGUCGAUAGCCACGUUGACCUCAGCCAGAAUUUACAUGGGACAACAGAAAAAUCAAACAGGAAGCGAAAAGGAAAUGCUGUCGUUUGAGAAGUUCCCGUUUACCGGUCUUUCGAAAACCUACUGCGUGGACAGUCAGGUGGCCGACUCGGCUUGCUCCGCCACUGCAUACCUGACAGGCGUGAAGGGCAACAUCGAGACCAUCGGAGUGUCCGGCGCAGUAUCCAACCGGGACUGUUUAGCCAGCAACGAACCUGCGAACCAAGCGGUUUCAAGUAUGCUGUGGGCUCAACGGGCGGGUAAGAGGACGGGCGUAGUGUCCAACAUGAGGGUGACGCACGCUACGCCGGCCGGCGCUUACGCCAACGUGGCGCAACGCGUCUGGGAGUGCGACAAUGACGUGUUGAUCGACCCAUUGUCCGACAAAUCGUGCGCGACAAAAUCAGCGGACAUCGCCCGUCAGCUGAUUGAGAGGGAAACCGGCCGAAAUCUGAACGUAGUAAUGGGAGGUGGAAGGGCAAAAUUUUUUCCCCAAACCGAUAAAGAUCAAAAAAACUAUCCGGGAGAAAGAAGUGAUGGCAGAAACUUGAUUAAAGAAUGGUUAGAGAUAAAUCGCACUUCAGGGGCAAGUAGUGCUUAUGUCACCGACCGUUCCCAAUUGAAAUUUGUGAAUACCAGUGACACGGAUUAUCUACUCGGUCUGUUUGCAUCCAGUCACAUGUCUUACAACAUACUCGCCAACAAGUCCGAAGAACCCACGUUGGUGGAAAUGACGGAGGCAGCCAUCGAGGUGCUUUCCAAAGGUGACGCCGGCUUCUAUCUGUUCGUAGAGGGCGGACUCAUCGACUGGGCGCACCACAGUAACAUGGCGCAUCUGGCUCUCGACGAGGCUGUAAUGUUGUCGAAGGCUGUGGGCCGAGCCGUCGAGUUGACGUCCAGGCAAGACACUCUGAUCGUGGUCACGUCUGACCACUCACAUACCAUGACCGUUAACGGUUACCCGCACCGUGGUAGUGACAUUCUGGGACACCCAAAAAUCUCCUCCAGCGACAAUAUGCCGUACUCAACUCUUAGCUACGCCAACGGUCCGUCCGCCAAAGAGCGGUACAACUUGACCGAUGACAAAACGUAUCAACCCGAAUACCAGUUCCCGUCGAUGGUAAAUAUGUCGUGGGAGACGCACGGCGGCGACGACGUCGCGGUCUUCGCUAUGGGUCCGUGGGCUCACCUGUUCGUUGGAAAUUACGAACAGAACUAUAUACCACACGCGAUAAGUUACGCAGCCAACAUUGGGCCUGGGGCUGAACUUGAACGGAAACAUGAGGCCAAUUCGUCUAGCCCGAAGAUUUUGGUCGGUCCGUCGCUGGCAGCAAUCACGACACUCGUCAUGUUCCUACUUCGGUAACCAUAAUAAUAUUACCUGUAUUAUGGUAUAAUACUGUUGACUAGUGGACUUGCGACUUAAACACGCGCUGCUGUAGUGGCGAAUACAAUUUAUUUAUACAUUUUUUUUUUUUUGGGGGGGGGGGUUAUUAUGCAGAUAUGA